AUGCCCUACGAGCAGCCGUUAAUCGACGAAAGAAACCCGUUCUACUGUCCCGCUCUCGACGCUCUCGCUUUCCUACAAAGUCUUAGACAUGAACUUCACGCGGCCCCGCCUCCCUACUCUCACUCUCCGGGCGACCACCAGCUGCCCUCCUUCGCCGAAUGCCUCGACAAGUCCCUCGACGAAGCCGAAUUGCACGAACUCCUCUACAGAGCUGUCCCUCGCGUCCUCGACAGCCCCGGUGUCUCUCAGACUAGCCUCAGCUUUUCUGGAUUUGUGUGCGACCAUAGCACUCCCGUGCCGCGGCGCGGCUUCCACCUACAAGACGCGCCUCCUGGAGUCAAAGCCAAGCGCAAGAGGCCUGCUUCUCCUCCGGGGACCUUCAGCGAUUUGCUCGCGCCGCCGAAGAGGGAGAAGUCGUACCAGAGUGUCAACGAGGGCUCCUUCGAACUCAGCGCUAGAGGGGAGAAGCUGAGGUACUUCAGCGGAUCUGUGGACGCUCUGUACUCGCCGUAUGCACCGCGGAACUAUGGGUACUCCGAUGCGGAUACGUUCGAGCUGGAGAGGAGGAUACGCGUGCUGGAAGACGAACUGUAUGGUCCCCCCGUCGGUGCGGAGACCCCGCGCAGCAUGAACGCGCUCACGACACGUCUCGACACGCUCCUUCCCGGCAUUCGCCUCAAGGAGCGACUACAGGCGCUCAAAGCAGAUUCUCACCAGCAUAUAGCGAACAUUCUAGCUGUCGACGGGCACUUGAAUGCGCACGUACUGGAGAUACUACGCGUGUCCGAAAUCGACUGCCUUGACCUCACUGCGUCACUGAUGGAUGCGGAAGGUCUGAACCUCGGCGCGAAGGAGUUGCUACCAGUGUUCAGCAAGCCGAACAGCUUCCUCUUCCUGAGCGAGCUUAGUCUCAGCGAUGCGUCUCUUCAAGACUUCGACAUGACCUACAUACACCAUCUCCCGCGGUUGUCCCGACUGUGGCUGAGCAACACAGGUAUCAGCAACGAGGCCGUAUACCACCUCGUCGCGCUCCGCCGGACGCUCUCCGAGCUCGACAUUGCGCUGAACGCCGCGAUCGACGACGACGUCAUAUCAGCGUUGCUCGCCCUUCCGAAGCUGUCCUACCUCUCGGUCUUCGACACGGGCGUGCGCAUGCCCGGGCUGCGCCGUCUUGCAAAGUGUGUCGCGGACCGCUCUGACAGCGACGCGCAUUACACUUUCGAGAUCGAAGUUCCGCGCGAGUGCGAAGAAUACCUGGACAGUACGUACAUGCUGCACCCUGCCCCUCCACUGAUCGCCCACCCUGCCGCGUGCACCGACCUCUCCGUCCCGGCGCUCCGGCGGAACCUCGCUGCACACGCGGCGUUUGACGCGCAGAUCGUCGUGGGCGGGAGUAGGCAGGAGAUGGUGGAGCGCCUGGAGCGGAUUCUGACGAUGCGAGAGGAGGAUCUACGGGUGAGGGAGAUGGUGUGGUGUGCGGUGGGAGAUGCGAGGAAGGAAGUGGGCUUGGAGGAGGACAAAGGCAGUGUGGAGGUGGGCGAGCUGUGA